AUGAGAUAUACCGUCGACUCUCUCUGUGAUUCCGACAUAUAUAUAUUUCUUAAUAUCUUAUCUAUAUCUAUCUAUCGCUCUCUCUCUCUCUCUCUCUCUCUUAUCUAUCUAUCUAUCUAUCUAUCUAUCUAUCUAUAUAUAUAUAGGAGUUUAUAUUUCGUGUCAUCGAAUCUAGUGUCAGUGCAAAAUGAGUUGAGUAAAUCUAUCUAUCUAUCUAUCUAUCUAUCUAUCUAUCUAUCUAUCUAUCUAUCUAUCUAUCUAUCUAUCUAUCUCAGUCUUCUAUCUAUCUAUCUAUCUAUCUAUCUAUCUAUCUAUCUAUCUCAUCUUCCCACUUUUCUCUCUCUGUAUCUACAAACACUAAGUGUAUUGAUAUCUAUCUAUCUAUCUAUCUAUCUAUCUAUCUAUCUAUCUAUCUAUCUAUCUGUUUUUCUUUUUAUCAUCUGUUCACAUCUAUCUAUCUAUCUAUCUAUCUAUCUAUCUAUCUAUCUAUCUAUCUAUCUUAUUCAUUUAAUAUCUAUAUAUCUAUUCAUACAUAAAUAUAAACUCUCUUUCUAUACGUCCCUUCUUAGUCAAAUGUUGGCCACCCUGCUGGGCUCAGCUAACUCCAUAUUUCCUUUUUUCUAUGCAUUCUCUUUUGUCACUUUCUUUCUUUCUUUCUUUGUUUUUUUUUUCUUACUCCUAUACAUUCUCUUUGGUCACUUUCUUUCUUUCCCCCCUAUUUUCCCCUAUACGUUGCCUUUCUUUCUUUCUUUCUUUCUUUCUUUCUUUCUUUCUUUCUUUCUUUCUUUCUCCCAUAUACAUUCUCUUUCUUUCCUUUCCAUUUUCCCCUAUACAUUCUCUUUUGUAAUUUCUAUCUCUCCAGUAUACAUUAUCUUCACCCAUUUCUUUCUUUCUUUCUUUCUUCCUUUCUUUUAA